AUGGCGAAAGCGGUCGAGAAUCAAAAUCAACCCGAGCUGGGGAUGGGUGAUGAGAAGACAGGUUCGGAGAUCGUGCACAUUGAAGGCUACGAAAGUAGCUUGUCACCAGCCGAGCAGAAGAAGAUCAUACGUCGCAUUGAUUUCCGACUAUUGCCCAUAUUGGGCAUCAUGUACUCCAUCUCCCUAGUCGACAGAACCAAUCUUGGAUUGGCCCUCGUGGCCGGCAUGGCAGAGGACCUCGAGCUCACGGUCGGAAACCGGUAUACCGUGCUCGUCAUGAUCUUUUUCGUGGCAUACAUGUGCUUCGAAAUCCCGAGUAACUUGGUUCUGCCUCGCGCAGGUGCUGCCAACUGGCUUACCUUCCUGGGCGUGUCAUUCGGCGCCAUUCUUAUCGGCAUGGGCUUCACCAAGUCCUGGGGCACGAUGGCUUUGUGUCGAGCAUUGCUGGGUAUUACUGAAGCGGGAUUUUUGCCAGGCUGCACAUAUCUCAUCACCUGCUGGUACAAGCGAUAUGAAGUCGGCAAGCGCCUGUCAGCAUUUUGGAUCAUGUCGUGCAUCACAACCGGGUUCGCUGCGAUUUUUGCCUAUGUUCUGUCUUUGCUCAAGGGCACUGCCGGGCUGAACGGGUGGUCGUGGAUCUUCAUCAUCGAAGGCAUCAUCACCGUCGUAGUCUGCAGUAUCGGAUGGUUCAUCAUCAUCGACUUCCCUACAAAGGCCCACGGCUUCCUCAAACCCUCAGAACAAGCCUUUGUCAUCGAGCGCAUCAACGCCGACCGAGGCGACGCCGAAGAAGAUCAAAUCACACUCUCCGUCAUCCUCCACCAUCUGAAGGACUGGAAACUCUACUUCUGGGCCUUUAACCUCAUGUCCUCCACCCUCCCGGGCUACGCAUACUCUUAUUUCCUGCCCAUCAUUUUGAAAAACGGCAUGGGAUUCUCCUCCACGGAAAGUCAAUUGCUCAGUGCGCCUCCUUAUGUUCUUGCCGCCUUGAUUGCCUAUGGUUCCGGAUGGCUCGGCGACCGCUAUCAUAUUCGUGGACCUAUUAUUGCCGUUCAUCAGCUCCUCACUGCGGCGGGGAUGUUGAUUACUGUUUUUGCAGAGAGUAAUGGAGCCAGAUUGUUUGGGGCAUUUCUCGGUAUCGGGUUUCUUCAAUACUGCGUCCCCGGCGUCUUGACUUAUCAAGCCAACAAUAUCACGCGUCGGUCGAAGCGUGCCGUCGCCACCGCUACUUGCAUGAUGGGCGGCGGGCUGGGUGGGAUCAUUUCGGGCGUGGCGUUCAAAUCGAGUGAGAGCCCAAGGUAUCAGACCGGCAUCUGGACAACUCUCGCCAUGUCGAUUGUCAGCGUCAUCCUCAUCUGUAUCAUGUCGCUGCACUUUUAUCGCUGUAACUCGGCCGCCCGGGCUGGCAAGCGUCGUAAUGAGGACAUGGUCGACUGGUUCUAUACUUAUUAA